GCUUUGCACCCUAGAAUUGACAGGUGGUGGCCUCAGCAGUUACAACCUACUACACAGCAUCUCGUCCGUGCGAUACGGUCACAUUGUUAUUCCCCGCACCCGGCUGAGGAGCGCAGCGCGGCAGACCAAGUGGCACCGGCGAGCUGUCUCUCUUCCGGGGGGCGGGGGUGGACAGUAGGGAGAGGGGGUUUAAAGGGCCGGAGGACGAGAGAAGAGCUGAGGGGCGCGUCGCCAGCGCCUGUGUCUCCCUGGCGCGGGUUCCCCAGGCUAGCCCGCUGGCCCGUCCGCGCGCGCGCUCUGCAGCCGCCCCCGGCCCGCGCGCCCCUUCCCGGGGCUCCUGGCCUCGCCUCAGCGGCUGCAGGCUCUUCGUCGCGGGCCGGGCUGCACGCGAGCGCCCUCCGGGCAGACUUUCUCCCCCACCCCCGGGAGCGCGGAAGGCUCACUCGCAGCGCAUGGUCUACCCGCGCCGGGCGGAGCCCCGGCGUCCAGAGCGCUGCGGCCGCGGCGGUGCAGCAGAGGCGCCUCGGGCAGGAGGAGGGCGGCUUCUGCGAGGGCAGCCUGAGGAGGAAGAAAUGAAUUGAUGGAUGGUGAUUGUGAAAGAGAAGUAUCUAGGAGGCAUUCUUUGGAAGGAAUAUUCUUUCUGCAUUGUUUUUUCCCCACCAGUCUUUGGACAUUUUAGAGGCUCAUGAUUAUUGUCUACUUAAAUUGCUCACAAAGAGAAACUCAUAGUGGACUUAUUUUUAGUUAAAAAUGAACAUUUCCUAAAUUUAUAUUAAAAUGCAAAGAUCUUUGACUUGCUAAACAGUUUUUAAUAAGAAAAAACAGAGUUGGUGAGCAAAGGACAUGAGUAGACAUUUCUCAAAAGAAGACUGACUUACAAACAGCCAACAAACAUGAAAAAAUGCUCAACAUCACUAAUCAUCAGCGAAAUGCAAAUUAAACCCACAAUGAGAUACGUUACUCCUGCAAGAAGUACACUUUACUCUUUACUCCUGCAAGAAUCGCCGUAAUUAAAAAAGAAAUAGAUUUUGGCGUGGAUGUGGUGAAAGGGAAUACUUUUAUACUGCUCGUGGGAAUGUAAAUUAGUGCAACCACCAUGGAAGACAGUAUGGAGAUUCCUUAAAGAACUAAAAAUAAAACUACCAUUCAAUCCAGCAGUCCCACUACUGGAUAUCAAUCUACCCAAAGGAAAAGUAAUCAUUAUGUGAAACAUGCACACAUGUUUAUAACAGGACAAUUUUCAGUUGCAAAGAUAUGGAAUCAACCUAAGUACCCACUGAACAGUGACUGUUUAAAGAAAAUGUGGUAUAUAUAUGUAUACCAUGGAAGACUACCCAUCCAUAAGAGGGAAUGAAAUAAUGUGUUUUGCAGCAACUUGGAUGGAUCUGGAGGCCAUUAUUCUAAAUGAAGUGACUCAGGAAUGGAAGACCAAAUACCGUAUUAAAAAGUGUCAGCAAAGCUGCACUGAAUAACAGACAUCCUAAGAGGGGAUAUUUUCUACCUCUAUAAUGAAGAAAAGCAGGAGUGUGAUGACGGUGACGGCUGAUGAUAAUGUUAAAGAUUAUUUUGAAUGUAGCUUGAGUAAAUCCUACAGUUCUUCCAGUAACACACUUGGGAUCGACCUCUGGAGAGGGAGAAGGUGUUGCUCAGGAAACUUACAGUUACCACCACUGUCUCAAAGACAGAAUGAAAGGGCAAGGACUCCUGAGGGAGAUGGUAUUUCCAGGCCGACUACACUGCCUUUGACAACGCUUCCAAGCAUUGCUAUUACAACUGUAAGCCAGGAGUGCUUUGAUGUGGAAAAUGGCCCUUCCCCAGGUCGGAGUCCACUGGAUCCCCAGGCCAGCUCUUCCGCUGGGCUGGUACUUCACACCACCUUUCCUGGGCACAGCCAGCGCAGAGAGUCAUUUCUCUACAGAUCAGACAGCGACUAUGACUUGUCACCAAAGGCGAUGUCGAGAAACUCUUCUCUUCCAAGCGAGCAACACGGCGAUGACUUGAUUGUAACUCCUUUUGCCCAGGUCCUUGCCAGCUUGCGAAGUGUGAGAAACAACUUCACUAUACUGACAAACCUUCAUGGUACAUCUAACAAGAGGUCCCCAGCUGCUAGUCAGCCUCCUGUCUCCAGAGUCAACCCACAAGAAGAAUCUUAUCAAAAAUUAGCAAUGGAAACGCUGGAGGAAUUAGACUGGUGUUUAGACCAGCUAGAGACCAUACAGACCUACCGGUCUGUCAGUGAGAUGGCUUCUAACAAGUUCAAAAGAAUGCUGAACCGGGAGUUGACACACCUCUCAGAGAUGAGCCGAUCAGGGAACCAGGUGUCUGAAUACAUUUCAAAUACUUUCUUAGACAAGCAGAAUGAUGUGGAGAUCCCAUCUCCUACCCAGAAAGACAGGGAGAAAAAGAAAAAGCAGCAGCUCAUGACCCAGAUAAGUGGAGUGAAGAAAUUAAUGCAUAGUUCAAGCCUAAACAAUACAAGCAUCUCACGCUUUGGAGUCAACACUGAAAAUGAAGAUCACCUGGCCAAGGAGCUGGAAGACCUGAACAAAUGGGGUCUUAACAUCUUUAACGUGGCUGGAUAUUCUCACAAUAGACCCCUAACAUGCAUCACGUAUGCUAUAUUCCAGGAAAGAGACCUCCUAAAGACAUUCAGAAUCUCAUCUGACACAUUUAUAACCUACAUGAUGACUUUAGAAGACCAUUACCAUUCUGACGUGGCAUAUCACAACAGCCUGCACGCUGCUGAUGUAGCCCAGUCGACCCAUGUUCUCCUUUCUACACCAGCAUUAGACGCUGUCUUCACAGAUUUGGAAAUCCUGGCUGCCAUUUUUGCAGCUGCCAUCCAUGACGUUGAUCAUCCUGGAGUCUCCAAUCAGUUUCUCAUCAACACAAAUUCAGAACUUGCUUUGAUGUAUAAUGAUGAAUCUGUGUUGGAAAAUCAUCACCUUGCUGUGGGUUUCAAACUGCUGCAAGAAGAACACUGUGACAUCUUCAUGAAUCUCACCAAGAAGCAGCGUCAGACACUCAGGAAGAUGGUUAUUGACAUGGUGUUAGCAACUGAUAUGUCUAAACAUAUGAGCCUGCUGGCAGACCUGAAGACAAUGGUAGAAACGAAGAAAGUUACAAGUUCAGGCGUUCUUCUCCUAGACAACUAUACUGAUCGCAUUCAGGUCCUUCGCAACAUGGUACACUGUGCAGACCUGAGCAACCCCACCAAGUCCUUGGAAUUGUAUCGGCAAUGGACAGACCGCAUCAUGGAGGAAUUUUUCCAGCAGGGAGACAAAGAGCGGGAGAGGGGAAUGGAAAUUAGCCCGAUGUGUGAUAAACACACAGCUUCUGUGGAAAAAUCCCAGGUUGGUUUCAUCGACUACAUUGUCCAUCCAUUGUGGGAGACCUGGGCAGAUUUGGUACAGCCUGAUGCUCAGGACAUUCUCGAUACCUUAGAAGAUAACAGGAACUGGUAUCAGAGCAUGAUACCUCAAAGUCCCUCACCACCACUGGACGAGCAGAACAGGGACUGCCAGGGUCUGAUGGAAAAGUUUCAGUUUGAACUGACUCUCGAUGAGGAAGAUUCUGAAGGACCUGAGAAGGAGGGAGAGGGACACAGCUAUUUCAGCAGCACAAAGACGCUUUGUGUGAUUGAUCCAGAAAACAGAGAUUCCCUGGGAGAGACUGACAUAGACAUUGCAACAGAAGACAAGUCCCCCGUGGAUACAUAAUCCCCCUCUCCCUGUGGAGAUGAACAUUCUAUCCUUGAUGAGCAUGCCAGCUAUGUGGUAGGGCCAGCCCACCAUGGGGGCCAAGACCUGCACAGGACAAGGGCCACCUGGCCUUUCAGUUACUUGAGUUUGGAGUCAGAAAGCAAGACCAGGAAGCAAAUAGCAGCUCAGGAAAUCCCACGGUUGACUUGCCUUGCUGGCAAGCUUGGUGGAGAGGGCUGAAGCUGUUGCUGGGGGCCGAUUCUGAUCAAGACACAUGGCUUGAAAAUGGAAGACACAAAACUGAGAGAUCAUUCUGCACUAAGUUUCGGGAACUUAUCCCCGACAGUGACUGAACUCACUGACUAAUAACUUCAUUUAUGAAUCUUCUCACUUGUCCCUUUGUCUGCCAACCUGUGUGCCUUUUUUGUAAAACAUUUUCAUGUCUUUAAAAUGCCUGUUGAAUACCUGGAGUUUAGUAUCAACUUCUACACAGAUAAGCUUUCAAAGUUGACAAACUUUUUUGACUCUUUCUGGAAAAGGGAAAGAAAAUAGUCUUCCUUCUUUCUUGGGCAAUAUACUUCACUUUACUACAGUUACUUUUGCAAACAGACAGAAAGGAUACACUUCUAACCACAUUUUACUUCCUUCCCCUGUUGUCCAGUCCAACUCCACAGUCACUCUUAAAACUUCUCUCUGUUUGCCUGCCUCCAACAGUACUUUUAACUUUUUGCUGUAAACAGAAUAAAAUUGAACAAAUUAGGGGGUAGAAAGGAGCAGUGGUGUCGUUCACCAUGAGAGUCUGCAUAGAACUCAGCAGUGUGCCCUGCUGUGUCUUGGACCCUGCCCCCCACAGGAGUUGUACAGUCCCUGGCCCUGUUCCCUACCUCCUCUCUUCACCCAGUUAGGCUGUUUUCAAUGUAAUGCUGCCGUCCUUCUCUUGCACUGCCUUCUGCGCUAACACCUCCAUUCCUGUUUAUAACCGUGUAUUUAUUACUUAAUGUAUAUAAUGUAAUGUUUUGUAAGUUAUUAAUUUAUAUAUCUAACAUUGCCUGCCAAUGGUGGUGUUAAAUUUGUGUAGAAAACUCUGCCUAAGAGUUACGACUUUUUCUUGUAAUGUUUUGUAUUGUGUAUUAUAUAACCCAAACGUCACUUAGUAGAGACAUAUGGCCCCCUUGGCAGAGAGGACAGGGGUGGGCUUUUGUUCAAAGGGUCUGCCCUUUCCCUGCCUGAGUUGCUACUUCUGCACAACCCCUUUAUGAACCAGUUUUGGAAACAAUAUUCUCACAUUAGAUACUAAUGGUUUAUACUGAGCUUUUACUUUUGUAUAGCUUGAUAGGGGCAGGGGGCAAUGGGAUGUAGUUUUUACCCAGGUUCUAUCCAAAUCUAUGUGGGCAUGAGUUGGGUUAUAACUGGAUCCUACUAUCAUUGUGGCUUUGGUUCAAAAGGAAACACUACAUUUGCUCACAGAUGAUUCUUCUGAAUGCUCCCGAACUACUGACUUUGAAGAGGUAGCCUCCUGCCUGCCAUUAAGCAGGAAUGUCAUGUUCCAAUUCAUUACAAAAGAAAACAAUAAAACAAUGUGAAUUUUUAUAAUAAAAUGUGAACUGAUGUAGCAAAUUAUGCAAAUGUGAAGCCUCUUCUGAUAACACUUGUUAGGCCUCUUACUGAUGUCAGUUUCAAUUUGUAAAAUAUGUUUCAUGCUUUCAGUUCAGCAUUGUGACUCAGUAAUUACAGAAAGUGGCACAAAUGUGCAUGACCAAUGGGUUUGUAUGUCUAUGAACACUGCAUUGUUUCAGGUGGACAUUUUAUCAUUUUCAAAUGUUUCUCACAAUGUAUGUUAUAGUAUUAUUAUUAUAUAUUGUGUUCAAAUGCAUUCUAAAGAGACUUUUAUAUGAGGUGAAUAAAGAAAAGCAUGAUUA